AUGGGUCGCUCUCAGGAGCUCAGUGACUCCAAGAGUGGUCCCGUGAUAGGUUGUCACCUGUGCAAUAAGUCCAUCCGUGACAUUUCCUGGCUACUAAAUAUUCCACGCUCAACUGUUAGUGGGAUUAUAACAAAAUGGAAGCCACUGGGAACAACAACAACUCAUCCACCAAGUGCACACAGUGAGCAGAAGUCACCAACUGUCUGCAGAGUCAAUAGCUAAAGACCUCCAAACUUGUGAAGGAAACUCUUAAGGCGACACUUUGGACAAUUUCAUGCUCCCAACUUUGUGGGAAGAGUUUGGGGAUGGCCCCUUC